UUGAUGCCGUGGAGGAGGCAGGCAGGCAGGCAGGCAGGCAGGCUGAGCUGACCCGCUUGCGGUGUGUGUGUGUGUUGCGUGUGUGCGUGUGUGUGUCGCCUAGCCUACAUCCAAGCCAGGUCGCAUGCAUUAACGAGUGACAGACAUCAGGUGUGUAGGUCGGUGAGGCCAUUAUACUACCUACCAAGAUGGUGGCUCUGUCACUAAAGAUCUGUGUACGCCAGUGCAAUGUGGUGAAGACGAUGCAGUUUGAGCCAUCCACGCCUGUGUACGACGCCUGCAGGAUCAUCAGAGAGAGAGUCCCAGAAGCCCAGACAGGACAAGCGUCAGAUUACGGCCUCUUCCUGUCUGACGAUGAUCCCAGGAAAGGAAUCUGGCUCGAGUCAGGAAGAACCUUGGAUUACUACAUGCUGCGAAACGGGGAUAUUUUGGAGUAUAAGAAGAAACAGAGGCCGCAGAAGAUCAAAAUGCUGGAUGGUGCAGUGAAAACCAUCAUGGUGGACGAUUCGAAAACGGUCGGGGAGCUUCUUGUCACCAUAUGCAGCAGAAUAGGAAUCACCAACUAUGAGGAGUACUCCCUCAUUCAAGAGGUGACGGAGGACAAGAAAGAUGAAGGAAUGGGGACGCUGAAGAAAGACAGAACGCUGCUGCUCCGAGAUGAGAGGAAGAUGGAAAAGCUCAAAGCCAAACUCCACACGGAUGAUGACUUGAACUGGCUGGACCACAGCAGGACGUUCAGAGAGCAGGGAGUGGAGGAGAGUGAGACUCUGCUGCUCAGGCGCAAGUUCUUCUAUUCAGACCAGAAUGUGGACUCGCGGGAUCCUGUCCAGCUAAACCUGCUCUAUGUUCAGGCUAGGGAUGAUAUAUUGAAUGGAUCCCACCCCGUCUCCUUUGAUAAAGCCUGUGAGUUCGCCGGCAUCCAGGCUCAGAUCCAGUUUGGACCCCACGUGGAGCACAAACACAAGCCCGGAUUUCUGGACCUGAAGGAGUUCCUACCUAAGGAGUACAUCAAGCAGAGAGGGUCCGAGAAGAAAAUAUUCCAAGACCAUAAAAACUGUGGAGAGAUGACGGAAAUUGAGGCGAAAGUCAAGUAUGUGAAGCUCGCCAGGUCCCUGCUGACAUAUGGAGUGUCCUUCUUCCUGGUGAAGGAAAAGAUGAAGGGUAAAAAUAAGCUGGUCCCACGGCUGCUGGGGAUAACCAAAGAGUCAGUGAUGCGAGUGGAUGAGAAGACGAAGGAUGUUGUGCAGGAGUGGCCUCUGACAACAGUCAAGAGAUGGGCUGCCUCCCCCAAGAGCUUCACCCUGGAUUUCGGGGAGUACCAGGAGAGUUACUACUCCGUCCAGACUACAGAAGGAGAGCAGAUUUCCCAACUUAUCGCUGGAUACAUUGACAUCAUUCUUAAGAAGAAGCAGAGUAAGGACCGUUUCGGCCUUGAGGGAGAUGAGGAAUCCACCAUGCUGGAGGAAUCAGUUUCCCCUAAGAAGUCCACAAUUUUGCAGCAGCAGUUCAAUCGGGUGGGUCGCGUGGAGCACGGCUCGGUAGCACUUCCAGGUAUAAUUCGUUCCGGCUCUAUUGGCGGCCCUGACACCUUCAAUGUGGGUACUAUGCCCUCUGCCCAGCAGCAAAUCACAACAGGGCAGAUGCACAGAGGACACAUGCCCCCACUGAGUCUGGCUCAGCAGGCUCUGAUGGGGACCAUCAACAGCAGUAUGCAGGCUGUGCAGCAGGCUCAGGCUGACCUGGGAUAUGUAGAUAAUCUGCCUCCGCUGGGCCAUGACUUGGCAUCCAGGGUUUGGGUUCAGAACAAAGUGGAUGAAUCCAAACAUGAAAUCCACUCUCAGGUUGAUGCCAUCACCGCUGGAACAGCAUCUGUGGUCAAUCUCACUGCAGGUGAGCCCACGGACACUGACUACACAGCAGUGGGCUGCGCCAUCACCACCAUCUCCUCCAACCUCACGGAAAUGUCCAAGGGUGUCAAGCUGCUUGCAGCAUUAAUGGACGAUGAGGUGGGCAGCGGACACAAGCUCAUGGGCGCUGCCAGGAUGCUGGCAGGAGCUGUGUCAGAUCUGCUCAGAUCUGUUGAGCCCGCAGCCGCUGAGCCCAGACAGACGGUGCUGACUGCGGCAGGAAGCAUCGGACAGGCCAGCGGGGACCUGCUCCGUCACAUGGGGGAGGGCGAGACCGAUGAGAAGUUCCAGGACACCCUGAUGAAUCUGGCCAAAGCAGUGGCCAAUGCAGCUGCUAUGUUAGUCCUGAAGGCCAAGAACGUGGCCCAGGUGGCCGAGGACACCAUAUUGCAGAACCGGGUGAUCGCAGCUGCAACUCAGUGUGCCCUGUCCACCUCGCAGCUGGUCGCCUGCACCAAGGUGGUGAGCCCGACCAUCAGCUCCCCAGUGUGUCAGGAGCAGCUUGUCGAGGCCGGGAAGCUGGUGGACCGCUCUGUGGAAACCUGCGUCAAGGCUUGCCGCUCGGCCAGUGACGACGGCGAGCUGCUGAAGCAAGUCGGGGCAGCAGCCGGUGUGGUGAGCCAGGCCCUCAGCGACCUGCUGCAGCAUGUGCGCCAUUACGCCAGCUGCGGAGAGCCCAUUGGACGUUACGACCAGGCUACGGACACAAUCAUGAACGUGACAGAGAACAUUUUUACCUCCAUGGGAGAUGCUGGUGAGAUGGUGCGUCAGGCCAGGGUGUUAGCCCAGGCCACCUCUGACUUAGUCAACGCCAUGAGAUCUGAUGCAGAGGCUGAAGUUGACGUCGACAACUCCAAGAAGCUGCUGGCUGCAGCCAAACUCCUGGCUGAUGCCACAGCUCGGAUGGUGGAGGCUGCUAAGGGGGCGGCUGCCUACCCAGAGAACGAGGACCAGCAGCAGAGGCUCAGAGAGGCAGCUGAGGGGCUGCGUGUAGCCACUAAUGCUGCUGCUCAGAAUGCAAUAAAGAAAAAACUGGUCAACAGGCUGGAGAUAGCUGCUAAGCAGGCAGCGGCGGCUGCUACUCAGACCAUCGCAGCUGCCCAAAAUGCUGCUGCUUCUAACAAAAAUACAGUGUCACAUCAACAGCUAGUGCACAGCUGCAAGGCAGUAGCAGAUAGCAUUCCCCAGUUAGUGCAGGGGAUGAGGAGCAGCCAGGCCCAGCCCGAGGAGCUAGGUGCUCAGCUUGCCCUCAUCAUGGCCAGCCAGAGCUUCUUACAGCCGGGGAGUAAAAUGGUGACGUCUGCAAAGUCAGCCGUUCCAACAGUGGCUGACCAGGCUGCUGCUAUGCAACUUGGCCAGUGUGCCAAAAACUUGGCCACCUGCCUGGCCGAGCUCAGGACGGCCACCCAGAAGGCCCAUGAAGCCUGCGGUCCUCUGGAGAUCGAUUCAGCUCUCAAAACUGUACAGACGCUCAAGAGUGAGCUGCAGGAUGCAAAGAUGUCUGUCAUUGACGGCCAACUCAAACCUCUUCCUGGGGAAACGCUGGAGAAGUGUGCUCAGGAUUUAGGAAGUACGUCUAAGGCUGUGGGCUCCUCCAUGGCCCAGUUGCUGACAUGUGCCGCACAGGGCAAUGAACAUUAUACAGGUGUGGCUGCCAGAGAAACGGCCCAGGCUCUAAGGACAUUGGCUCAAGCAGCCAGAGGUGUAGCAGCCAGCACCAAGGAGCCUCAGGCGGCAGCUGCGAUGCUAGACUCUGCCCAGUGUGUCAUGGAGGGCUCGGCCAUGCUGAUCCACGAAGCCCAUCAGGCCCUGGUUCAUCCAGGAGACGCUGAGAGUCAGCAGAGACUGGCACAGGUGGCCAAAGCAGUGUCGCACUCUCUGAAUAAUUGUGUGAAUUGCCUGCCAGGCCAGAAGGAUGUAGACAUGGCUCUCAGGAGCAUCGGAGAGGCCAGCAAGAAGCUGCUGGUGGACAUCCUCCCUCCCUGCAGUAAGACAUUCCAGGAGGCCCAGAGUGAUCUGAACCACACAGCAGCUGAACUCAACCACUCUGCAGGCGAGGUCGUCCACUCCUCUCGUGGAACGAGCAGCCAGCUGGCUGCGGCCUCAGGAAAGUUCAGCCAAGACUUUGAUGAGUUCCUGGAUGCUGGCAUUGAGAUGGCAGGACACACCCAAAGCCAGGAGGACCAGAUCCAAGUCAUUGGUAAUCUGAAGAACAUCUCAAUGGCGUCCAGUAAGCUGCUGCUGGCUGCCAAGUCUCUGUCUGUGGAUCCAGGUGCAGCCAAUGCUAAGAAUCUCCUAGCUGUGGCAGCAAGGGCAGUGACAGAGAGUAUUAACCAGCUGAUCACGAUCUGUACCCAGCAAGCAGCGGGACAAAAGGAGUGUGACAACGCCUUGAGGGAGUUGGAGGCUGUCAGGGGCCUCCUAGAUAAUCCCAACGAGCCUGUCAACGAACUCUCCUAUUUCGACUGCAUCGAGAGCGUCAUGGAGAAUUCAAAGGUCCUUGGAGAGUCAAUGGCAGGCAUAUCACAGCACUGUAAGACAGGUGAUGUGGUGGCCUUCGGGGAGAGCGUGGGUGUAGCGUCCAAAGCUCUGUGUGGGCUGACGGAGGCUGCAGGACAGGCCUCUUAUCUUGUAGGUGUGUCUGAUCCCAAUAGUCAGUCAGGCCACGAGGGGCUGGUGGAUCCCAUCCAGUUUGCAAGGGCCCAUCAGGCUAUACAGAUGGCUUGUCAGAACUUAGUGGACCCAGCCAGUAGUCCCUCACAGGUCUUGUCUGCAGCAACGAUUGUAGCCAAGCACACCUCAGCUCUUUGUAACGCCUGCCGCCUGGCUUCUUCUAAAACCUCCAACCCGGUGGCUCGGAGACAGUUUGUCCAGUCAGCCAAAGAGGUGGCCAACACCACAGCCAACCUUGUCAAAACCAUCAAGGUCAACUCCCCAACUGAUCAAAACGCCUUAGAUGGGGAUUUUUCGGAAGAGAACAGAAACAGAUGCCGCGUUGCUACAACCCCACUCCUUGAGGCUGUAGAAAACCUGUCAACCUUUGCCAGCAACCCUGAGUUUGCAAGCAUCCCAGCACAGAUCAGCAAUGAGGGCUCAGCGGCCCAGGAGCCCAUCGUGCGUUCAGCGCGCUCCAUGCUCGAUAGCUCCACUUACCUUUUAGAAACAGCCCGCUCGCUGGUCCUCAACCCCAAAGAUCCUCCCACCUGGUCCAUACUGGCCGGCCACUCCAGAACAGUCUCUGACUCCAUCAAGAGUCUCAUCACCUCCAUCAGGGACAAGGCACCAGGACAGAGGGAGUGUGAUUACUCCAUUGAUAACAUCAAUAAGUGUAUCCGGGACAUUGAGCAAGCUUCCCUAGCUGCAGUUGGGCAGACCUUGCCCUGCAGAGAUGAUAUCUCUAUGGAAGCGCUCCAGGAGCAGCUGACAUCGUCUGUGCAGGAGAUUGGGCAUCUGAUUGAUCCCGUCUCCACAGCGGCCCGAGGCGAAGCUGCCCAACUAGGACACAAGGUGACCCAGCUGGCAAGUUACUUCGAUCCGCUUGUUGUGGCAUCAGUGGGCCUCGCAUCUAAGCUGCAUGACCACCAGCAGCAGAUGACCAUCCUAGACCAGACCAAGACCCUGUCUGAGUCCGCCCUGCAGAUGCUCUACGCUGCCAAGGAAGGCGGGGGAAACCCAAAGGCGUCCCACACCCACGAUGCCAUCUCUGAAGCAGCCCAGCUGAUGAAGGAGGCCGUGGACGACAUCAUGGUGACUUUGAACGAGGCGGCCAGUGAAGGAGGCAUGGUCGGGGGCAUGGUGGAGUCCAUUGCUGAGUCCAUGGGCAGGCUGGAUGAAGGAACGCCUCCUGAACCCGAGGGCUCCUUUGUGGACUACCAGACCACCAUGGUGAAGUUCUCCAAAGCCAUCGCCAUCACUGCGCAGGAGAUGAUGACUAAGUCAGUAACCUGCCCUGAAGAGCUCGGCGGCCUUGCCUCUCAGGUGACAGUGGACUACGCACAGCUAGCACACCAAGGACGCCUUGCUGCAGCCACUGCAGAGCCAGAGGAGGUCGGUUUCCAGAUAAAGACACGGGUGCAAGAGCUGGGCCACGGCUGUAUCUACAUGGUCCAGAAGGCUGGAGCCCUGCAGCUCAGCCCCACUGACAGCUUCUCCAAAAGGGAGCUCAUCGAGUGUGCCCGCGCAGUCACAGAGAAGGUGUCCUUGGUACUGUCAGCACUGCAGGCGGGGAACAAAGGCACCCAGGCCUGUAUCACAGCAGCCAGCGCUGUUUCUGGCAUCAUCGCUGACCUGGACACCACCAUCAUGUUCGCCUCAGCUGGAACACUGAACCCCGAGAAUGAGGAGUCUUUUGCCGACCACAGGGAGAGCAUCUUGAAGACAGCCAAGACGCUGGUGGAGGACACCAAGCUGCUGGUUGCUGGAGCUGCAUCCAGCCAGGAGAAACUGGCCCAGGCUGCCCAGUCCUCAGCCAAGACCAUCACCCAGCUCACUGAGGUGGUCAAACUGGGAGCCACCAGCAUGGGCUCUGAGGACCCCGAGACACAGGUGGUUCUGAUAAACGCGGUACGGGAUGUGGCCAAGGCUCUGGCUGAACUCAUCAGUGCCACCAAAUGUGCCGCCGGCAAGCCAGCUGACGACCCAUCUAUGUAUCAGCUGAAGAGCGCCGCCAAGGUCAUGGUGACCAACGUGACGUCUCUACUAAAAACAGUGAAGGCAGUGGAGGAUGAAGCGACUCGCGGGACGAGGGCACUGGAGGCCACUAUUGAGUGCAUCAAGCAGGAGCUGACAGUGUUCCAGUCCAAGGACGUCCCAGACAAGUCCACCACACCCGAGGAGUUCAUCCGCAUGACAAAGGGCAUCACCAUAGCAACGGCUAAGGCAGUAGCUUCGGGCAACUCUGCUCAGCAGGAGGACGUGAUCGCCACUGCCAACCUGAGCCGCAAAGCCAUCUCUGAUAUGCUGACUACCUGCAAGCAAGCAGCUUGCCACCCAGAAGUGAGCGAGGAAUUGAGGAUGAAGGCCCUGCAGUACGGCUCUGAGUGCACUGCCGGAUACAUCAACCUUCUGGAGCAAGUCCUGCAGGUGCUGCACAAACCGAUGCCCGAGCAGAAGCAGCAGCUGGCCGCACACUCGAAGCAUGUGGCAGCUUGUGUGACGGAGCUCGUCCAGACAGCUGAGGCCAUGAAAGGAACAGAGUGCGUGGACCCCGAGGACCCCACUGUCAUCGCUGAGACCGAGCUCCUCGGAGCAGCAGCGUCCAUUGAAGCUGCAGCCAAGAAACUAGAGCAGCUGAAACCCAGAGCCAAGCCCAAGCAGGCAGAUGAGACGUUGGAUUUUGAGGAGCAGAUCUUAGAGGCAGCAAAGUCCAUCGCUGCAGCCACCAGCGCUCUUGUUAAAUCUGCAUCAGCAGCUCAGAGAGAGCUGGUGGCACAGGGCAAGGUGGGAGCCAACCUAGCAAAUGCAGUGGAUGACGGCCAGUGGUCACAGGGUCUCAUAUCAGCUGCACGUAUGGUAGCAGCAGCCACCAGUAGCCUGUGUGAGGCAGCUAACGCCUCAGUGCAGGGUCACGCAAGCGAGGAGAAGCUCAUCUCUUCAGCCAAACAAGUUGCGGCCUCCACAGCUCAGCUGCUGGUGGCCUGCAAGGUGAAGGCUGACCAGGAUUCUGAAGCCAUGAGGAGGCUGCAGGCUGCCGGCAACGCAGUGAAGCGAGCUUCAGACAACCUGGUGAGGGCAGCUCAGAAAGCAGCAUUUGACAAGACAGAAGAUGACAGCGUGGUGGUGAAGACCAAAUUCGUCGGAGGCAUAGCUCAGAUCAUCGCGGCUCAGGAGGAGAUGCUGAGGAAGGAGCGAGAGUUGGAGGAAGCCCGGAAGAAGCUGGCUCAGAUCCGACAGCAGCAGUACAAGUUCCUGCCCAGCGAGCUGAGGGAGGAUGAGGGCUGAUUGGCAGGCGGGACGUGCGUACCGCGCCGAUGACACCCUCUCGUCACGGGGAAGAGAUGUUGCCGAUGUACGAUUGGCUGCUUUGCUCUCAUAUAACCGAGGAAUAUACAGCACUUGAAACAGGCCUGUUUUUGGUGAGAAAAACAAGUGCCUGUGCUCCGUAGUGUAUUUGUGUGCGUGUAUGUAUGUGUGUGUGACGUGCGUAUGUAUUUGUCAGUGAACAGCAUUGACAUUCAGAGCUCGAUAUGGAGGCGGUUGUUACAGUGUAAGCAAGUCGAGACAGUAUGAUAAAGUUGUAUGAUAAACGUAUCAUUGCUUUGUGAGUGUUACUGCAUCAUGAGCAUUACCGACUGUUACAAUCACGAAGAUGUUACGAAUGCAGAAAUCCUCUAUAAUCACUGAAUGUUCUAUUAUUGUUGAAGGUUUAGAGCAAAUAGAAAUGAGCUGAUGAUAAAUCUGCAACUGGCAGAGCAAACCUAAGGGUCCAUAGCUUGUAUUCUAAAUGUAAAAACCUCAAGGGGUUGAUAAAAAGGCAGGAGGAGGAUGCCUCAUUUCACCACUGGCUUGCAUGCACCAUAAUGUCUAUACAUAUCAAUGAAGCUACUAACCAAUAGAGUAGUUUAGCGUGGAAAGGCACUUGUAUUUUACUAAUAAAAAUGUGAAUUUGGGGUUCGCUGUUAAACGAGCAAACCUUUAGAAAUCAAGGAUUCUGAUUCAACUAUGUUGUCCAGCUUGACGCCAAACAGCGAGAGGUUUUGAUUGAGUAAAUAGCAAAAUUUAAAAACAAAACACCACUAGCCACUGCUAGCUAUACAGAUAUUUAUUCUUGGCAUAUUUUUCCUUAAGAGCAGACUGGUGUUAUUCAAAGAAUCUGGACUAUAUGUGACCAAAUAUGUCAUGCUGCUUGAUACAUCAUGUCGCUUCAUGUUCUUCCCUCACGUACACAGAGCUGUGUAAGGAAUAUAUGUUUACAUUACGUGUCAUGUUUGUUCUCUCAUGUCUUCAUGUUUUGAUUCCUCUCCCAUUAACACUGGCCAGAUUUUGUUCGGGUACCCACUGUACUGUACACACACACACACAUAUACAGAGAUAGUUAUUCUCCACCAGUCACUGCCCUGUCAUGGUAAAGGCAUUUCCACUUUCGGCUGACUGUCUAUAGCAAUACAUUACACUGAAUAUCCUAGAGAGAUAAUAAUGAGAGUCUGCGCUGUUAUUGGUUGUAAGAUUGGUUAUGUGCAAUGAUAUUUGGCUUUGGGCUCUUGAAUGAAAAGAGCAUACGUUAUGCACUGAAGAUGCUCAUAAAUACGCACUGAAGACGGCAAUUUAAAGCUUCCAUUAUAUUAAAUGUAGGACGUUCUCCUUACAAACUAGAAGGAAAUAGCUUCAAGCUCUGAUUGAGGAAACUAAUUCUUUUUUUUCCUUUAGUAUAUUAAUGUAUAAUAUAUUGGGAAUUUUAAGCAGUUCAUCUCGUCAGUCUGUCCAUGCCAGUGUCUGGACUGCAUUGUGUACUAGUGCCUUACUUGAGUCUGCCCUGCGAGCAGCUGAAGAUCAGGCUGAGUGGGAGCCUGAGCCUUGUCCUCUCUGGAUCCGAACAUUAUGCCAGUCUAAUCCCCAACGGGGUCUUAAUAAACUGUCACCAAGUCCUUUGCCAUACAAUACAAUGCCUUGGCUGGUGGCCUCUUUGCCUACAAUAUUAAAAAUGCUGAUAUAAAAGGGCAUCUGUGGAUACCUUAGGAUUUAGAGACCAUGUUGGAAGACUAACACUAGACUGCAUUCCAUGAGCAUGUGGCAAUUUGUGUUUUGAAGUCGAGAAAUUUGUUGAAAUCAUUAUGCCAGGUCCCUCUUCAAUGUUGGACUUAAUAACUUCCUUGUUUCAUUGUCUAACCACUAUUAAAAAAAUGAAUACGUUUUUAUCAGUAAAUGUAAGAAUUACCCUGAAAUAUAUUGUCUAACUGAUUUGUCCAAGUAUUAACGGAAAUAGAAAAAGUUACUAGCUCUGUUAUGAAUAGGUGUUGUGCUUUCUUUAACAGACUGCAUUAGUUUUAUGAUUUGAUGCUGUAUGUAUAAUAUUUAUCUGGUCACAAAAGUAUUUUUUGUAUUCACCAAAAAUAAAGAGUUUCAAACAA